AAGAAAAUUCUUUUUGCGUCGAUCAUCAAGUCAACAUUCAGUUCGAAUCAGAACAGGUACAAAAUUAUCGACAUCUUAUUGUAAUUCUUUGUCCUCUCAAAAGUAAAAGAAAAGUUCACAAUCGAACUAAAGAAAUUGUCUCCAUUCGAUUGAUCAUUUUCAUCUAUAGAUAAUCUAUUAAAACAUUGAAUUCUUUUUAUUCUAUUUCAAUCCCUUCCCCUGAUUGAUAAUUUAUUCAGUUUCCAAUCAUCUUCAAUAUCUUUAACUUGACCUUUUGUCGAUUAUCAUUGGAAUGAGUAGCAAAUGAUCAACAAUUUACUCCGCUGACCAAUAGUUGCUUUGGAAUGAGAAUCAUCCAGAAAAACCUGAAUAAAGAAUAAAUUAUUUCGAUAACUUCAUCGAACCAUCAAAAGUUUUGUCAAAUUUUUUGACUAGAUCUAUGAAAAUUAACCACAACAAACAAUCAUAAAUCUAUCGUUAUUAUCAUCUAUUAAAUCAGAUUAAUAUGUUAUCCAAAAUAUCAUCUUCGUUUUCCGUUCAGUUCAACAUGAUCACGAUUGUUUGUCUGAUCUUUUUAUUGAACCAACAAUAUGUUCAUCUGGAAAAGAUAAAUUCUUCAUCCAAUAUCCAUGAAAAAGUUGUCCCUCCGUUAAGGAAACGAUCUGCUUUCCCUGAGCGUCGAUUGGAUUGUGAUCUUUUCUGCCGCCGAACAGGUUUCGCAGGGUCAAUCGGUGGAUGUCAGUGCGGUUACACUUUGUUCAACGUUAAAAGAUCAGAUGAAUUAUCAGAUUAUACAGAUGAACCUUGGUUGAACUGGAUUAAAUUGCGAAGGUCAAAAUUUCUGGACAAAAUUGGCUCUUCAUCAAAUUCUGGAUUAACUCCGGGAAGACUAUCACCUUUGACAGUUAACUCAUACAAUUCUGAGCCAACUUCUUUAUCGUCAUCUUUAAAAUUGGCACAGAUACCUGAGAUUAGAUCAUAUGAUUAAUGAUAAAUAAAAAAUCAAUAUAUAAAUAAAUAAUUAAUAAAAGAAAAACAAUCACCACCAUGAAGCAUAAACAAUUAAUAAGAUGAUAAUGAUGGAGGAAAAAAAGAGCCGAAUUCCUGACUAAUAGUAAUUAUAACCAAUAAUAAUGAUGACAGAUAAAAGAUCAACUUUCAAGAGCCAAUUCUUAUUCAAUUCAUCCGGAAGAGACAUGGUAAUAAAACAGAUAAUAAAUAUAUUAAAAUAUUAUGGAUGAACAAUAAAUAUGAACUUUUUUUAAAUC